GAACGGAAAUGUCAUCAACGUCAUCGCUUUUGGACAUUCAACCCAUUCCAGGCAUCUCCCAGGUGGUACUGGUGUUGUGAAGCUAAUUAACUUCCCCGGCAAAGGCAUCUUCUCCGUCCAGAUUAGCAAAUAAUGUAGUGAAUUUGUGCAAUAUAAUGUUGAAAUUUCCAUCGUUAACGACAAUUCUCAGUGUAGCAUUCAUUUGCUACAUUGCUCAUUCCAUUUGGGUACUGGCACAGAUAUUCACAGCUCCAGUUUGUACGAGGGAACCAUGCUUCCGGUCUUUUCUCCUCAAGGAGCAGCUUCCAAAGCUCCAAAUGGCUAUUUUUACAUCCACAACUAAAGACCCCAUUGCGGCGGAAAUUAAGGAAGCAGCCACAGUGAAGCCAUUUAAUUUUAGGGAACAAUUCACCCGAACAUUGGACAUAGAAAUCCCAGCUAAGACCCGACGCAAUGGUACGCUGUACAUGCACGUGGUAUUGGCUGUUGAUGAUGGCAAACCAAUCAUAUGGAAUCGUCGUCGUGAUGAUUUAGCUGUGAUUCAUCGUGUUGCCCUCACGGAGCACGUAGUUCCGCGGCAUACAACAUUCAAUCUCAUCACAGAUGAUGGCCAAAAGGUGCCACCAGUUAGGCCCAAUCAACGUCCAGUGAGUCAUCUACGGACGAAAGUUUACUUUGGUAUCCUUGCGGACAAUAUAACACUGUCGCAGUACGAUAUUCCGGCAGAAAUGUCGGGAUUGGUGCGUGUUACGAGGCACAAUGAGUACCUACCUGUAUUCCAGAAUGAUAUCCUUAAGCAUAGGUAUGAUGAUUUGGUGGAGAUUGUACGGGGAAUGGAGUCAUUUCCCCUUGAGGUGACCUACAGUCCCGUGGGGAUUGGAAAGUUUCGCCUGAUAGCACAUGUGAGUCAUGCAAUGAUGUCCCUGGAGACACUUGGGUUCUCCAAGAAGGACGUUGAUGAGGUUAAAGGAAUUUUCUCCGAUACCAAUGUCUACAUACUCUGUGGUACGGUAUUUGUGGGGAGUAUUCACAUGCUCUUUGACUUCCUGGCCUUUAAAAAUGAUGUGAAUUUUUGGCGAAAGAAGCGAAACUACGCCGGAUUGUCGGUGAGAACGGUCCUCUGGCGUGGCUUUAGUCAAGUAAUAAUCCUUUUGCAUUUACUCGAUGAGAAGACAUCGAUGAUUGUCCUCAUCCCCGUGGCCGUGGGCACGCUAAUUGAGCUGUGGAAGUGCAAAAAGAUCCUCCGACUGGAGGUGAGCUUUAAGGGUAUUAAGGUGCAGCAACAGAGUGAGAUGAAGGUGGAAAAACUCACAAAGGACUUCGAUAGGCAAGCUAUGAAGUACCUGAGCUACCUGCUAUAUCCACUCUGCAUCAUCGGGGCAAUCUACUCGCUUCUCUAUCAAUCACACAAGAGCUGGUACUCGUGGGCCAUUAAUUCAAUGGUGAAUGGCGUUUAUGCCUUUGGGUUCCUCUUCAUGCUGCCACAACUCUUCAUUAACUACAAACUAAAGUCCGUGGCGACACUCCCAUGGCGCUCCUUCAUGUACAAGGCCUUCAAUACCUUCAUCAAUGACAUUUUUGCCUUUAUCAUUACAAUGCCAACGGCACAUCGUCUUGCCUGCUUCCGCGACGACGUCAUCUUCGUCAUCUACCUGUAUCAGCGAUGGCUGUAUCCCGUCGAUAAGAACCGCGUGGAUACAUCUGAGCACAUGGAUGAGUACGAGGAGGUGACGAAGGACACAACGAAGGAUUCCGUUGACAAGAAGAAGGACUAAACAACACCCCGCGCGUGUGAAUGAAUUCAAUUUUUGAUCGAUUUGUUGGUCGGAAAUUAAGCAAUUUCCGGAUUAUUAGCUUCACUUUGAAUAAUAAAAAAAAUUCUGCGCACUAAAUGCAUCCCCCCAAA